AGCUUAAUUCUUCGUUACGGGGCUUCGCUAAACGGGCACUGGGGGAGGGGGGAAAACACAGGUAGCGGAGCGAAGCAAACAAACGAACCUCAGCAAGAGAGGAAAGAAAAAAAAUAUAAUAGAAGAGCCACGUGCGUGUCGGCUUUCGUGCCGUAGCCGCGCCCCCCUCCAACAGCCCGGCGAGAUCCCCCUCACACGCGCACCUUAUAAAUAUCGCGAGGCGAGGCUCCGUCCGGGGGGAAAAUUGGUUGAUACGUGUUGUCUUCUUCCGGCGGUGUGUGUGUGUUGCACGUGGUGCGUCUGUUCGCGAGGAGUAUUCAGCGCCAGGUUUCCUGGCCCUCGACGACAGUUGGCGACGUCUUUCUCACGCGGCGUCUCGUCUUAACGCUCGUCGCACCCCGUCGUGUUGCGAGACAUCUUCAGCUGCCAUGGACAAGCUCACAAUUGCUGUUCUCUUGGCCAUGAUGUCAGCGGCGCAAGCCUACAUCAUUCAGCACGUGAAUCCUUACUCGCAUGUGGUACCCGGGAAAGUCUUCGUUCCUUACCCGGCCUACUUCGGCCACAUACCAUUCGGGCACCCACAUGUCGUGCACACGCCGGUGUUCGUCAUAGGUCACGCACCUCAUCCUGCCGGAAAGCCUUCGGUUCCUGGUUCGAUACCCGGCCACCAUCCGGGCAACGUGCCCGUUUACCCGCCGCACUUUCCCGGGGUACCGGGCGUGAUUCCGGACAGCGGACCAGGAGUCAGCAUCCCGCCUGUAGGCGAGCCGAGGCCGGACGGAGUGCCGCACCCAGGUGGCGCUCCGAUACCGUCGGGCCCCGAGUGCACGCUUUGUAAUGCCGGGGGUGGUCGAGGUACCAACGGUAACGGCGGGCCGGUACCGACACCAGACGAAGGCGGCCGAGAAGACGAGGGUCCCAUGUCUGGUGGGGAGACGCCCAGGAUGGGCGUUCCAGACGGGGCACCGAACCCGGAGGAGCCGAAACCGGAAGCACCGAAGCCAGAAGAGCCGGCACCGGAAGCACCGAAGCCAGAAGAGCCGGCACCGGAAGCACCAAAGCCAGAAGAGCCGGCACCGGAAGAGCCGAAGCCAGAAGCACCGGCACCCGAAGAGCCAAAGCCAGAGGAACCGGCCCCGGAGGAGCCAAAGCCUGAAGAGCCGGCACCGGAGGAGCCAGCAACAGAGGAACCGAAGCCAGAAGAGCCUAACCCUGAGAGGGAGGAACCAAAGCCCGAGGAAGAAAAGUCUAGCGAGGAAGACGGAGCCCAGACGACCGAACAAGCUUCAGUCGACGAAGCCGCUCCAGCGCGUCUGCUGUUGCCGAAAAAAGGUGGUACGGUCGUUCGAUAGCCGGUAUUCUAAUGGUUCGUACGCUUCGGACUUGCGCAGGCUGCGAGUGUCGAGACUGUAUUUUUUUUUUCACCGUACAAACGUAUACGCGGACGUUGUUCGUCUCGCAUGGGCAUCUUGUAAAUCUAGAAGGUCUGCAGGUUUGACCAAAGGCGGGUAUGCACCUGAUAUGCCGAAGGCCGUCGCAGUGAUAUUUAAGCUUGGAACUCCGCGUCGGGCAUUACGAAAAUGACUAGAAUAAAAGCGGAGUUGAAGCCAA